AUGGGUCCACCAACAUCGAUAUCCGAUAGCAACAUAAAUCCCAUGCCUGCAGCAACAAGCGGCUCACGAUCUAAACUUCUAUCAACCAACUUCAAAAACUUUCUCAGCAAACCUGCUCUCAAGCACCCGCAGAAAGCACUUACCGUACAACUCUGGAACGCAGAGCAACAAUCAUUACACGGGAACCCCACUAUCGACCAAGGUCCAAAGUUAGCCGCACGGCAACAAAGAGCAGACAUGUCGACAAAGGCCACAGGCGACAUUGUGAGCAGUGCAAACUCUGGAUUUCCCAACACGAGCGAUGCGCCAGGCGAGCAAUUCGAGCCUAGGCAAACAGCCACAAGUGAGGACUACGAGCCGGACCCAAGCAAGAGUCUACCUUUGAGCCCACAACGACAAGCAUUGGUCGAUGAUAUCAUAGCACUCUACUCGUGCCAACCCGCCGUCUCACGCGUAAAACGCUACACACCCGACUGCGUCUACGACGACCAAUUCGUCUACGCAAACGACCGCUACAAAAUGGCAGGCCAAUGGUUCGCACUGCCCAAGCUCUUCUCCGCCUCCAUCAACGAAUCCUACCAAGUCAUCCGCUCCGACGACGACAUGAUCCAGUUCAAAAACAAGCAAUCCUGGACGUUCCGCCUCAUCCCCAAAACAGCAACCAUCACCGGUCUCGUCAGCCUGUCGCUUGAUCCUGCGACCAGGGAUAGCGAGUUUAUGCAGAUCAAGUACCAUAAGGAUCAGGCGAAUGAUAAGGAUUAUAGCCACGAGGGCGUGGGGUUUAGCUUUAAGAAGUGGCAGGCGGAUCAUGUGGUUAAGCAUAUGGAUGCGCCUGAGUUGAAGGAGUUUGAACAGGAUAAGGGGGCUGCGAAGGAGCAUGUUAGGAAGUAUGGGUCGGGGACUGAGGAGGGUGGUGCGCCGAAGAUGGAUUUUACGAAAGCUUGAUGUGCGUGAAGGUAUUGAAUACUCUGGCUGGUAUUAUGGCACUAUGGGAGGUAAUUACCUUUUUGUUUUACAUAAUUCUUAAGGCUGGAGCUUCCCACAUUUUAGCGCCAUUCCACGUAGUCAAUAUUACACAUUCGACCACCAAA